UCCAGCAGGGCUGGAGAUUGCAGUAUUCGCUGUUGCUGCUGCACCCAGCCCUGCCCCUGCUGCUACCUGGUCUUGCUUCACUGCAUCCCAGAAGAGCCACGUUGGCCUUCCUUUGCCUAGUGGAUUUUUCAAAAGCAGCUGUUCGGUUUUGGGUGCUGUCGGAGACCUUGCUUUUCAUUCACCGGGAGAAAACUGAAGCUCAUGAGAGGAGAAUCUGGCAGCUGGACACAGCUUGGACUGCAUUGUCUGGCUUCAUGACCCCUGCUGUGUAGUCAGCUCAUCUCUUCACUCUCACAGGCACACUUUCUUUGCUUUUUCUUCUGUCCUUUUUUUCCUUUCUUCUAAAAAUUUUUUUUUAAACCAGCUUGUGGAGCCAGCCAUGUUUGGCACUGAAUCUUCAUUGAGCAUGUUUUUGAACACAUUAACACCGAAGUUCUACGUGGCCCUGACAGGCACUUCCUCGCUAAUAUCAGGGCUUAUUUUGAUAUUUGAAUGGUGGUAUUUUCGCAAAUACGGAACAUCCUUCAUUGAACAAGUCUCAGUAAGCCACUUGCGCCCCCUACUGGGAGGGGUUGACAACAACUCCUCCAAUAAUUCUAACUCCAGUAAUGGGGACUCAGAUUCCAACAGGCAAAGUGUCUCAGAAUGCAAAGUGUGGCGAAACCCCCUGAAUUUAUUUAGGGGCGCUGAGUAUAACCGGUAUACGUGGGUGACAGGACGAGAGCCUCUGACGUACUAUGACAUGAAUCUCUCUGCCCAGGACCACCAGACGUUCUUUACUUGUGACUCAGACCAUCUGCGUCCUGCAGAUGCAAUAAUGCAGAAAGCUUGGAGAGAGAGAAACCCUCAGGCAAGGAUUUCGGCAGCUCACGAAGCCUUGGAGAUAAAUGAAAUUAGGUCCAGAGUUGAAGUUCCCCUAAUUGCUUCCUCUACCAUCUGGGAGAUAAAAUUGUUACCAAAGUGUGCAACUGCUUAUAUUCUGUUGGCUGAAGAGGAAGCAACAACCAUUGCUGAAGCAGAAAAGCUGUUUAAGCAGGCCCUGAAGGCUGGAGACGGGUGUUACCGACGUUCCCAGCAGCUGCAGCAUCAUGGAUCCCAGUAUGAAGCCCAACACAGGCGUGACACCAAUGUCUUGGUCUAUAUCAAAAGAAGACUAGCGAUGUGUGCCAGAAGACUCGGGAGGACCAGGGAGGCAGUGAAGAUGAUGAGAGACUUAAUGAAGGAGUUCCCGCUCCUUAGUAUGUUCAACAUCCAUGAAAACCUUUUAGAAGCCCUUCUGGAGCUCCAAGCGUAUGCUGAUGUUCAAGCAGUUUUAGCAAAGUAUGAUGAUAUAAGCUUACCAAAGUCGGCCACAAUAUGCUACACAGCUGCCUUGCUCAAAGCAAGAGCUGUUUCUGACAAAUUCUCUCCGGAGGCUGCCUCUCGGCGGGGGUUGAGCACUGCAGAGAUGAAUGCAGUAGAAGCCAUACACAGAGCCGUGGAAUUCAAUCCUCACGUGCCAAAAUACCUACUAGAAAUGAAAAGCUUAAUCCUACCCCCAGAACAUAUCCUGAAGAGAGGAGACAGCGAAGCGAUAGCGUAUGCCUUCUUUCAUCUCGCACACUGGAAGAGGGUCGAAGGGGCUUUGAAUCUUCUGCAUUGCACAUGGGAAGGCACUUUUCGAAUGAUCCCUUACCCCUUGGAAAAGGGGCACCUAUUUUAUCCGUACCCAAUAUGUACAGAAACGGCAGACCGGGAGCUGCUUCCCUCUUUCCAUGAAGUCUCAGUUUACCCAAAGAAGGAGCUUCCCUUCUUUAUCCUCUUUACUGCUGGACUGUGCUCCUUCACAGCCAUGCUGGCGCUCCUGACACAUCAGUUCCCGGAGCUUAUGGGGGUCUUCGCAAAAGCUUUCCUCAGCACUUUGUUCGCCCCCUUAAACUUCGUCAUGGAGAAGGUGGAAAGCAUCCUCCCGUCCAGCCUGUGGCACCAGCUGACCCGGAUCUGAGGGGGCCGUGCCCGUCACGCUGCUGCCCGGCUGGCUGCCGCUGUCUCCUAGUGCCAACUCCUCACGGACCGCAAGAAGCAUGACUUUGAACACGGGAAGGCAUUCCGAGAUUUUAAAGCAUUCAUGGACUCUCUGUUCCAUAUUAAAAGCUGUUUUUGUUGUACAAACUUCAUUGAUGUUCAGUUCUAUUUUAUUUUGCCUCCAGAAAAGAAGAAAAACUCAAAAAUAAACUUUUGUGUAUUGCAGCAA